CAAUUUGUCAACGCCUUCUCCCGAUCUGCUGGUCAGCAGGUCAGCUCUCAACUUCACCUUCCCAGCCUUCAAGUCUUCCCCAGUCCACUCCAUCUCCAUCCCCCACGAGCUCCAUAAACUAAUCUCAGAUGUCAAGCUCGCUUCAAAUUCUUAAAUCCAACCCCAUUUGCAUCUGAGCACGAACGCGCAUUGCUCCAGAACUCGCCUAGCAAGAAACCAUCAAGAAGGGAAGGGAGCUUAGGCACCGGUCAAGAAUCCAAGAAGGCAAGAAAAGAACCAUGCUGGAAGAUGACGCCGCCAUGGACGCGGAUAGCCUCGUCGGCCAGGACCCGACGUCGGGGGCGCGGCCAAGCGGCGGGGAGCGCGACUGGGCGGCGGCCGUGCUGAAGCCGGUGCGGUGGAUGCGGAUGCUGUGCCGGGAGCUGGGCGCGACGUUCGUGGCUGGGGUGGUGCUGGUGUACGGCCUCAGCCAGGGCUUCGCCGGCUCCUUCUUCCGAGUGGCGUCGGACUACUACUGGAAGGACGUGCAGCGGUUGCAACCGGCCACUGUGCAGUUCCUCUCCGUCUUCUUCUUCAUUCCAUGGGUGCUCAAGCCGCUCUGGGGGAUCAUGACCGACGUCUUUCCCGUCUGCGGGUACCGCCGCCGCCCGUACUUCCUCUUCUCAGGAAUACUUGGAACGGUUUCAGCUGCUAUUGUUGCAAUAACUGUUGGAUUGCCAGUGAGUUCUGCUGUACUUUGCUUGGUGGGAAUCUCAACAGCAGUCGCCAUUGCUGAUGUAACAAUAGAUGCUUGCAUUGCAAAGAAUAGUAUUGAUAAGCCGGCGCUGGCUCCAGACAUGCAGAGCCUUUGUGCAUUUUCAUCAUCUCUAGGUGCACUUGUUGGGUAUGCUACAAGUGGCAUGUUUGUCCAUCAUCUUGGAGCACAGGGUGCGUUAGGUGUUAUGGCUAUAGCUCCUGCCACAGUGGUUUUCCUUGGAUUUUUCAUAUAUGAACUGAAAGCACGUCAACAUAAUGUUAAAGAGAAGGUUUUGAACAAGGUUAGUGGCGCAGUGAAAGGAAUGGUUCGGACUAUAAGGUAUCCAGUAGUGUGGAAACCAUCUCUUUACAUGUUCCUUUCGCUGGCUCUGAGUAUCAGCACCCAUGAGGGGCAAUUCUACUGGUAUACUAACAAGACACCACCUAAUCCUGGAUUUUCACAGGAAUUCGUCGGGCUGGUCCACGCCAUCGGCGCGGUGGCGUCCAUGCUGGGCGUCGUCGUCUACCACAAGUGGCUCAAGGACUACCCGUUCCGGAGCAUCCUCCUGUACGCGCAGCUGCUGUACGGCGUGUCGGGGCUCCUGGACCUCACCUUCGUGCUCCGGUGGAACCUGGCGCUGGGCGUCCCCGACGCGGCGUUCGUGACCCUGGAGGAGUGCGUGUCCCGCGUGGUGGGCCGCGUCCGCCUGAUGCCGAUGAUGGUGCUGAGCACCAGGCUGUGCCCGCCGGGCAUGGAGGGCACCUUCUUCGCGCUGCUCAUGUGCAUCGACAGCCUCGGCGCGCUGGCGGCCAAGGCCGGCGGCGCGGCGGCGCUGCGCGCGCUGCGGGUGACCAGGACCGACUUCGGCCGCCUCUGGCUCGCCGUGCUGCUCAGGAACGUGCUCAGGCUCGCCACGCUCGCCGCCAUCGGCCUCGUGCCCGCCGCGGGGCAGACAGACGUGCUGCUGGUGCCAAGCGAGCUCGGUCUGGUGCUGGUGAGCUCGCCGGCUAGUGUGGCCGACGACGAGGACGAAGAGAGGCUGCAGCUGGCGAUGCUCACUUCACACACUGACGACGACGAUGUAUAAUAAUGAUCCAACACGUUAUCGUAUACAAAAAGAGAUUGACUGAUCCACUGGAUGAUCUUGAGCAUCGUUACUUUCGCUCCUGUCAAACAGCACAUACUCUAGCAUCCUCGAUUCCACAUCGAGCAUCGAUCUCGCGUCGCACACAUGGCACAUGCUGCUUGCUGUUACGCACGAUGGACUCUCGCCUCUUGUCGAGAACAGUUCUUCAAAUCAGGAUUCCUACACUACACUUUGCAUCCGGAAGCAGUUUUCACAAGUUGUUAGCCCAAUUACAGCUACGUUUCUUCUUCUUCUUCUUCUUCUUCUUCUUCUUCUUCUUCUUCUUCUUCUUCUUCUUCUUCUUCUUCUUCUUCUUCUUCUUCUUCUUCUUUUUUUUUUCUUUCUUUUUGUCUCCUCUAUUUGUUUUCCACGAAAGGAGCAAGAAAUUCAAUUUGUUUCGACGAAAGGAGCAGGAAAUUUCUCAACGUCGAAGUAACAUGUACACCCUUUUUCUUUUGCGACGAAUGUAACAUGUACACAGUAAAGUAAAUAAAAAUACUUGAUCCUUUUCACUUUU